CUUCACAACACAAAGUAUAAAAGACUGUCGCAUAAAUGAUCUGUUCACAGUCUGAAAACGAUUUUAUUGUAAACUUUCAUUUGAAGUAUUUGUGUAAAUUUCAAAAAUUUCUAAAAACAAAAAAAAAUAUAUAUCCAAAAAGUGAAAAGUUUAAAAUUAAUAUCCAAUUUAUAUGAUAAAAAUUUCCAAAAAUCACCAUUAAAUAUGGAUGCAGAUACCUUUAGAGAGUUCGGCAAAGCAGCUGUGGACUUUAUAGCCGAUUAUUACGAGAAUAUACGUGAUACUGAUGUGCUACCAUCUGUGUCACCGGGUUAUUUGAUUAAUCUGCUACCCAAAGAGAUGCCUGAGAAGCCUGAGCAAUGGCAAGAAAUUCUGAAAGAUGUUAGUAAAUUAAUCGUGCCGGGUCUAACACACUGGCAAUCGCCGAAUUUCCAUGCCUACUAUCCUAUUGCCAGUUCGUACCCAUCAGUUGUGGGUGAAAUGCUAUCCGCAGCCUUUGGUGUGAUGGGUUUAAGUUGGAUCUGUAGUCCGUCUUGUACCGAAUUGGAGCUAGUUGUCAUGGAUUGGUUGGCGAAGUUUUUAAAAUUGCCCGCACAUUUUCUACACUCCACCAAAGGACCAGGUGGCGGCAUUAUACAAGGUUCAGCUAGUGAGUCUGUGCUCAUCGCUGUGAUGGUGGCGCGCGAGCAAGCGGUGCGACGCUUUAAAGCGGCACAACCCGAGUUGAGUGAGGGUGAGAUACGCGCACGCCUCGUCGGCUACUCCAGCGAUCAGAGUAAUUGUUGCAUAGAAAAGGCAGGCAUAUUGGGCGCAUUGCCGCUACGCCUACUGCCAACUGGCGAGUCGCGGGUAAUGGGUGGCACGCAGUUGGCCAAAGCCGUGAAAGAGGACUUGGCCAAAGGGCUCAUACCUACCGUUUGCCUUGCUACAUUGGGGGCUACGGAUACUUGUUCCUACGAUGACAUCGCGUCGCUGGCUACCGUCUGUGAGGAGCAUAAAAUUUGGUUGCAUGUGGAUGCUGCAUACGCGGGUUGCGCUCUUGCAUUGGAGGAGUUUGCGCAUUUGCGUGAAGGACUCGAUCGUGUGGAUUCGCUCAACUAUAACUUACACAAGUCUUUGGCUAUUAAUUUUGAAUGCUCGCCAAUGUGGUUGCGUGAUUCGCUCAAACUUGUGCAGAGUUUCAAGGUGGACCGUCCUUAUUUGCAACAUAAAUACAAAGGUGAGGCAGAUAUUCCAGUCUUUCGACAUUGGCAAAUUCCAUUGGGACGCCGUUUUCGUGCUUUAAAAGUGUGGCUGACCUUCCGUACUUAUGGCGCUGACGGCUUGCGCGAAUAUGUGCGACAUCGUAUACGUCUGGCGGAACGCUUCGAAAAGUAUGUAUUAGCCGAUACUCGACUCGAGAUGGUCGCGAAACGGUCUAUGGGUCUAGUCUGCUUCAGAGUUAGGGGGGGAGAUAACUUGUCCAUAGAUCUCUUAAAACGUAUAACGGAACGUAAAAAGAUAUAUAUGGUACCGGCGAUAUCUGAGGGAAAACCGUUCAUACGUUUCGUUGUGUGUGGCAUGGAACCUAAAGAAUGUGAUAUAGACUUUGCGUGGCAUGAAAUCGAGUCGCAAUUGAGUCAGCUGCUGAGUGAGCGGGAGGUAACAAGGGGAGAAGAAUCGUCGCAAAGAUGAUGUGGUCGGCAUCACUCAAAACCAAAGUUCCGGUCUACAAUUCAAUUUUGUUGCGACGGAGAAAUCGAAAUGAAUGCACAUACGUUCAUAUAUAUGUAUAUAUAUACUUAUAUUUAUAUGUCAAUUUGACAAACAUAAUUUACAAAAUAUUUAUUAUAAAUUAUCUAUGUAUAUAGGUACAAGGGAUAUAUUUAAAAUAA